AUGAACAACGACUGCAAAGACAAUACUGGCAAGGCCAGACUGCCUACGGAGAUCAUUCUAAUGAUCACUGAGAACUUGAUUUCGGACAUAACUCAUCGUCGGCCAAUUCUUUCCGCCGCAAAUAUCAUCACAAAGACACUCCUCAACUUGACCUUGGUCUCCAAAACAAUUUACCCCACUGCAUCACGGCUCCUUUGGCAGAAUUGCCUCCAAAUUCGAUCGAAAGAGAGUUUGCGCCUUUUCCGUAAUUUCAUCUCGCGGGAGAGUAUAAUCACGGGUCGGAGACCAUGCGAAGCGUAUGGCUCUACUAAGCUAUUUCUUGCCCCCUUUGAGAGCCCACAUGAUCGAAGCUCUGCGACAGACUUGAGCGAUGAAGAAGAAGAAGGCGAAGAAGCUAUCGAUUCUCCAGCGGACUCACCUCCCUCCCCGUAUUACCCGGAGCUCAAGGAUAUGGAUACAGCCAAGGCUGUAAAUGAGGUUCUCGUCACAUUGGCCCCAGUCCUCACAGCCAUCAUUGUAGACAUGCCCCUUCGAUCUCUCAGGCCCGAGGAUGAUUAUACAGGUAUCCGAAGGCUGUUCAGAGAGGGCUUCGAGGCGCUAGUCAAUGUUGAAGAGCUUGUCAGCAUCAACGAUGAGCUUUAUCUGGAUACCACUGAGGACCACAGCGAGCCAGAGAUUUGGACCAAAUGGCCAAAAAUCCAGCGUUUGGCCCUCUACAAUGUCAUGAUAGGUCCCGAACUGUGGCAGAACAUGGCUCUAUGCCCUCAAUUGGAAAUGGCUGUUCUUUCACGCGCAGAUCCUCCAGAUUUGCGGAUCGCGGAAGAGGACAUCAAAGACCAAUGGUCUAGAGCAUGGACUGAAGCAACCUUCCAGAGAGCGAUGAGCUUCGAGGAGAGAGUACCAUACCAAGGACGAAGAUUCACUAUAGUGUUCGGUGAUUGGGAUUUUUACCUUCCUAGUUUCGACGCAUUCACUGAGCGUUGGGAAAGGCUGGACCCCGAUAAUCGUAUCAAGACCACUAAUGUGCAAUUUGAUCCGCGUUGGGUGGACCAUUAUCAGUAUAUACCUAAAAAACUGGUUAGAGAUCGUGCUUUAGCGGGUUCACUAUGGCAUGAUUUCCAUGCAUUCACCGACAGUUGUGGAAAGUUAGACCCCGACAAUCGUAUUAGGAUAACAACUGUACCGUUCGAUCAGCCUUACAAUCCCACUAUAACAGGUCUCGAGUACCUUGAACUGGACAUGUACAAAACCUGGAUCAGAGAUCGUGCUUUGAAGGGCUCGCUUUGGGAUGACAUAUAUACGGAACGAGAACGCCGAACUUGA